GAAGAAACAAGCCCGAAUAGAGACAAGCAUGGCGAAAAGUGCUGCUGCUCCUGGGUCAGUCUCCAAGGGAGCGACAAAGGUGAAUGGCAAGGCCACAGCAACCAAGCAGGCCCACAAGCAGGAUAAGGUCCCUGUAGCGCUCGACGGAGAAGAGGUCUCGGACGGAGAAGAGUCAUCGGACGAGGAAUAUGACGAGGGCAAGGACGUUUCGAGCCGAGGACUGGCUCGCUUGAUGGCUGCUCUGGGUGAAGACGGUCUCUCGGAGGAAGACCAAGCCCGACUUCAGGCUAUCCAGGCUGAAAUGGGAGAUGAAGACGAUGAAGACGAGGACAGCGAAGAUGGAGAAGAUGAGGACGACGCAGAUGACGACGAGCUCGACCAGGAAGAAGUGGCACACGAGAGCGAGGAGGACAACACACCAGCAGCUCCCGUAAAGAAAGCAGCUGGGGGUUCGCUCGCUGAAUCACUAGCCAGAGCGGGUCUCAUCCCUCAAGAAGAGUCGGACGAUGAAGAGGACGAGGAUGAGGACGAGGAUGAAGAUGACGAAGACGAUGGCGGCGUUCCACUGGAGUCACUUACCGAUGCCCAGCUCGCGGAGCUUCCUGAAACCGUUCGUUCCAAUCGCAUGUACAGGGAGAAGAUCAACGACGAGGCCGCUCUGACAAGAAUACGUGAUGACAUUGCCCUUGGUGGACCGAGCAAGGGCAAGGGCAAGGAGACGCUUCCAUGGAUCGAGACGCUUGUUGUUACAUAUGACAAGUCUAUCGAGGGGCAGCUGGAAGCUCAAGGCGAAGGAUCAGCCGAGAACGAUCUCAAGAGGGAGCUAGAAUUCUACAAGCAGGCACUCUACACAGCGACUGAAGGUAGGAAGCUGGCCAAGGAUUCGAAUCUGCCCUUCACACGUCCAAAUGACUACUACGCGGAGAUGGUCAAGUCGGAUGAGCACAUGGAGAGGGUUCGCCAGCGGCUUCUUGACGAACGCGCGGGUAUCAAAGCCGCUGAGGAGGCCAAGAAGCAGCGCGAGCUCAAGAAGUUCGGCAAGAAGGUCCAGGUGGAGAAACAGCUUGAGAGGCAAAAGAGCAAGAAGGACAUGGAGGAAAGGGUCAAGGGGCUGAAGAGAAAACGGCAAGGCGGCUUGGACGGAGCGGACGGCGACGACGACGACGAUGGCUUCAACAUUCGCCUCGAAACUGCCAUCACGGGAGGCGAAGACAAGGGAAAAGCCAAGGGCAAAGAUGCACGCGGAGGCAAGCCCAAAGCCAAGAUGCCUCGCGACUCGCGGAAUGCCAAGUUCGGCUUUGGAGGCAAGAAGAAGUACUCCAAGGAGAACAACCGAGAGAGCACAAACGACUUUGGAAGCGGUCCCCGUCGGAGUGGUGCAUCCAAGGCUGGGGCGAAGGGCAAGCGAGCGCCCGCAAAGAGGCCGGGCAAGUCCAAAAGAACCGCCCGUCGAUAGCUAAUAUAUUUUGAGCUUUGUAUUGAGCUUUGCACCACUUCAGCUACACGUGCGCUUCACCCCUUGAAAUUUUAGUUUUAUCUGCGACGCGAGCGU